AAUCACUGAAAAAAUUAAAAAUAAAUCCAACGAAAAAAAAACCAAGAUAAAAAAAGCAAUAAAGGAUGAACUAUACAGCUAGCAGAGUUUACCUAAACAGUAAUCAAUGAAAGCCUUAAAGUUUGCACAGAGUAAGAAGUAACCAAAAUCGUUAAAUCUGCACAAAAUCAAAAUUAAAAUCAGUGGAAAAAGUAGAGGAGAGAGGAGAAAGGAGAGAAGAGGAGAGAUUGAGGCAAACUAGAGAGGUAGAUGAAGAUCGUGAAACUGGAGAAGAAGACGAGAGCUCCAGAGCGUGAAAACGAAGACGUGCGUGUUUUGUUUUCGCGAGAGACGGGCUCGUUAUUUUGGGCGGCCUUAUUUAAGCACCGCCAUUUAAAUGGCGGAUUCUUAGUGAGUUCUCAGUCGCGCAUGGAACAUAAAACAACCGAAAAGAAGCCAAGCGGGAGAGAGUACCGAAAAGAAGAGAAGCGAAGCGAGAGAGACGAAAAUGGCGAGGAAUUCAGGGGUUUUGAUACGGCAGUUGCUUGGCAAUCGCAACAACCCGUGUGCAGCAGGUCUUCUUCAUCAUCUUCACCAAAAACCCAUCCAAAACCUAACUUCAGUACCAAAUACCACACCAUCUUCACCACAUACAAUUGAUAUCCGUUCGGCUUCCAAACCCUUCUCCAAUUAUUCCAUUCACACCCCAAACCUUCAAUUUUUGCAACAGAGACGAUGCCUCUCCCCAUCGUCACUCCCAGAGUCAGAUUCAGAUUCAAAACAUUUACUUUCAGGUCCCUCAAACCUAUUCGUCGUACAGGGCAUGGCUGUGCAUCAAGAUGCAGUUGACAAUGUUAAACGUAUGCCAAUUUCUCCACCAACCUCAUCCCUUCUUAAUUUUACAAAUAUUCAAAAUAAGAAAUUAAGCUUUGUUGUGGAUUGUCUGCGGUUUUCUACUACACUGCACCCGGGUGCCGGGCUGCGAUUUGGGGAGGGGGGCACUUUUCCUGGGAUUCGAAAUGGGGCAGAUGGUCACCUUGGCAACCAACUUAAGAUCAUUCUACCUCAACAUGUCAAACUCGAGGUCGAGUUUUCUGCAACGAAGGGAGAAUGAUGCAGGAGCAAAGUUCAAGUUUAGUAAAUGGGUAUCUUUCUAGUUUCCUAUGUAAUAAACGCAAUUUUCUAAGGUUUACUGUCUUUGAGUCUCCCUACGGGACACGAUUAAUGUAUUAGGUGUAAUAAUUGUGUCUUUAAAAUUCCCAAGUGUGUUAAUGUGGAUCUUUCAAGAUUGAUGUACCAAUUACCCUAUAAAAGGGGCUACUUUGUAAGCAUAAAAUCAGAGUUAGUGAAAAGAAAAAAAAAGUUCAUAUGAAUUUUUGAUUGUGUGUGAGGCACAGGUUGUCGUGGAGUGAUUCCAAGGGACCUCCGGUGUGAUGCCAGAAUUUAUCUAAUUUCUCAACCGGAAACCUUUGGUGUGAUACCAAAGGCCACAAAUGGCCCUAACUCAUUGGACAUAUCGGGAGAUCCUUACAAGAGGGUAUAUGAUCCAUUCCUUCUAUUUUGUUUUUAUCAGAAGGUUACUUU